ACAGAUGUGUAGAUCUCACCUCUCCAAACUGGACUGCAGUACACAGUGGCAACCUGACAGUAAACUGGACAUCUGGAAAUCUCACCAAGUCUUCAGUCUCUGAGUUUUGGGAGAGGGGAGUGUUGUCCAUGUCUGGGGGAAUAGAGGAGGUUGGUUCAGUACAGUGGGAGCUGCUGCUGUGUGUCCUGGUAUGCUGGGUGGCCUGCUACUUCUGCAUCUGGAAAGGAGUCCGUUCCACUGGAAAGGUGGUGUAUUUCACGGCUGUGUUCCCUUAUGUGACGCUGGCCAUCCUGCUGGUCCGGGGGUUGACGCUGCCAGGAGCCUGGCAGGGUGUGGUUUACUAUCUGUAUCCAGAUCCGUCUCGCCUGGCAGACUUUCAGGUGUGGAUGGAGGCUUGUGCUCAGGUUCUCUUCUCCUAUGGUGUUGCAUCAGGAACCUUAAUCACACUGGGCAGCUACAACAAAGUCAACAACAACUGUUACAAGGACAGUUUGUGGUUGUGUUUGCUCAAUAGUGGCACCAGCUUUGUUUCCGGCUUCGCAGUCUUCUCAGCUCUGGGCUUCAUGGCCCACCAACAGGGAAUUCCCAUCAACAUGGUGGUUGAUUCAGGCCCUGGACUGGCAUUCAUCGCAUUCCCUCAGGCUGUGGCCAUGAUGCCCCUGCCUCAGCUGUGGGCCACCUGCUUCUUCCUUAUGCUCAUCCUGUUGGGACUGGACUCACUGUUUGUAGGUUUGGAAACAAUUACAUCGACAGUGAUUGACAUGUUCCCGGGACAGCUGCGCAGACCCUGGCGCAGAGAAAUCUUCCUCAUCAUCUUCUGCUCUAUCAGCUUCAUCAUCCAGAUCUCUGUCACGACUCAGGGAGGAGUGUACUUAUUCCAGCUGAUUGAUUACUAUGGUGGAAGUGGAGCAUGUUACUUUUUUAUUUCUAUGGUCCAGUGUGUUGCUGUUGGCUGGGCGUUUGGAGCUCAGCGGAUGUGUGAUGUAAUUGAAGAUAUGACCGGACAGAAGCUGGGGUUUUUUUAUAAACUGUGCUGGCGUUACUUUACCCCCCUGAUCUGCGCGGUUUGCUUCAUCUGCUCCUUCCUGGAAUACCAGCCCCUAACCAGUGGGAGCUAUGUGUACCCAGACUGGGCCUACUGUCUGGGCUGGGCCAUGGUCUUCUCUUCUGUGGUUGCAGUACCCAUCUGGGCUGUCAGCAAGGUCUGCCUCACAGAGGGCACCCUCAGACAGCGUCUGUUGGUCCUGUGGCAUCCUGUUCUGGAUUCUGUCGGUCCAAAGAGUAACAACGAAGAUCCCCUAAACGAAGUAGAGAUGAAACCAAUGACAGAGCAGUCAGUAUAAAAUGUCCUCCUGGAUUUCAUCUUCAAAAAGUCUGUCCAUGUUACUGAAAAGUGCUAUUGAUAACAUAAGCCACAAGAUUUUGUACCCCCCUCCUGCUAACUACUGACUCACCUGUGUAUGUGUGUGUGUGUGUGUGUGUGUGUGUGUGUGUGACCUCCCUCCUC